AUGGGAACAAUCUUUGGGGGAAAUGUCCUGAUUUGGCCAAUGGAAUGUAGUCAUUGGCUUAAUAUCAAGAUAAUUUUAGGGACACUGAUAGAAAACCAGCACAAUGUCACAGUACUGGUUGCUUCUGGAGAAUUCUUCAUCACACCUGCUACUGAUUCACCUUUGAAGUUUGAAGUAUAUAAAAUAUCCUUUGGAAAGGAAAACAUAGAAAGUAUCAUCAGGGAUUUUGUUCUCACAUGGCUGGAACAUAAGCCCUCCCCAUCAACCAUCUGGCGUUUCUACUCAGAAAUGACCACAGUCAUUCAUGAGUUCCACCAGGUGUUUAGAGAAAUCUGUGAUGAUGUGCUUAUCAACCAGAAGUUAAUGGAGAAGCUGCAGAUGGGCAAAUUUGAUAUCUUGAUCUCAGAUCCAGUAUUUCCCUGUGGUGACUUGAUUGCUCUUAAGCUGGGAAUCCCAUUUAUAUACUCCUUGAGAUUCUCUCCAGCUUCCACAGUGGAAAAACACUGUGGGAAAGUGCCUUAUCCUCCUUCCUAUGUUCCUGCUGUCUUGUCAGAGCUCACGGACCAGAUGUCUUUUAGUGACAGAAUAAGAAACUUCAUCUCCUACCAUUUACAAGAUUACAUGUUUAAUACUCUUUGGUCACCAUGGGAUUCCCACUAUAGCAACAUAUUGGAUGGUAGCCAUUGGCUUAAUAUUAAGAUAAUUUUGGGGAAACUGAUAGAACACCAGCACAAUGUCACAGUACUCGUUGCUUCUGGAGCACUCUUCAUCACACCUACUACUGAUUCACCUUUGAAGUUUGAAGUAUAUAAAGUAUCCUUUGGAAAGGAAAAAAUGGAGAAUGUCAUCAGGGAUUUUGUUCUGACAUGGCUGGAACAUAAGCCCUCCCCAUCAACCAUCUGGCGUUUCUACUCAGAAAUGACCACAAUCAUUCAUGAGUUCCACCAGGUGUCUAGAGCACUCUGUGAUGGUGUGCUUAUCAACCAGAAGUUAAUGGAGAAGCUGCAGAAGGGCAAAUUUGAUAUCUUGAUCUCAGAUCCAGUAUUUCCCUGUGGUGACUUGAUUGCUCUUAAGCUGGGAAUCCCAUUUAUAUACUCCUUGAGAUUCUCUCCAGCUUCCACAGUGGAAAAACACUGUGGGAAAGUGCCUUAUCCUCCUUCCUAUGUUCCUGCUGUCUUGUCAGAGCUCACGGACCAGAUGUCUUUUAGUGACAGAAUAAGAAACUUCAUCUCCUACCAUUUACAAGAUUACAUGUUUAAUACUCUUUGGUCACCAUGGGAUUCCUACUAUAGCAACAUAUUGGGAAAGAAGCUUUUCCUGGGUUGGUCUCAGGAGUGUACUGGAACCAGCUGUAAGGGCAAGGGGUGUGGGAGCACAAAUUGCUGCACUACGCAGGGCGGGCGGGUGGUGCUCAUCACGUCUGGGUGCACGGAGGUCCCUCUGGAGGCGCAGACUCUGCGCCGACACCUUCAGCGGAUGCUAAACGCAGGCUCCGGGUGUUGCUCGUACACUGCGCGAGCUCCAUCUUCCCUUUCGCUGGCUGCCGCCCACCGCAGGUGUGGGGACGAGAUGGAUAGUUCUGUCGUCAGCUUGCUGCUGAAAACCGCAGCUGCGGUGCGGAGAAGCUUUACCGCCGCCUUGUUCAGCGCCCAGGAGGUUGCGGUCGCCCGCACUCGCCCACGGGCAGGUGUGGAGUGCACCACCUUGAGUGAUCACCCCGGCGCUCAAAGCUCUCGCCUCCUAGGCUAUGUUUUACCUAGCUAG